UCUCUCCAAGUCAUUUUUGAUGAAUCUUUACUAUCAUUAUUUAUUGCAGCUGGUUCAAUAUAUGCUCAGUCAGUUCAGUUUGAGGUUCAUAAAGGAAUUGAAGGUACUAAUGAUAUACUGUCAGUAGUGGUACCUCAAGAAUUAAGAGGAAGGAGUGAAGUAGUUAUAUUCCUAGCAGACAGACCUAUUAAAGAGGUUGUUUCUCUUGAUUCUUUGUUGCCGUCUUGUUUCAUUGAGCUUCAUAAGCAACAGUUGAUGUUAGCUCCAUGGGAGCAGAUACUUAAAUCAGCUCAAAAUGUGCUCUUCAAUGAAGAGCUGUUUGCACAGUUAGCAAAGGAAGCUUUUGAUCAGCGGUCUAGCCUUCAAGGUGAAGUGCUUACUGACAGAAUCAAUAUACCAUUGACUACUAAGGUUUGGCUCUCUGUUUUAUUAGUGAGGGAAUAUGAUAGAGACAAGAAGAAUGAUAAGGCUCCUCCUCCUGAUUCCCUCCCUUCUCCUAACUGGGAGCUAACCGUCUCUUUCAAACAAUUACUGAGAGCCAAUCAUCAGUAUAUUGCCAUGCCACGCCCACCACGCCCCUCAAACGCCAGACCGUACAUCAGUCAGGAGAUGAGGGAGGCUGGAGCAUCAGCUUACAGUACAGCUGCUUUGAAACAACUAGAAUAUGAUUACUCAAUUUUUAACAAGCUUCUUAAAAUGGCAAGACACAUUGAUGCCCAAGGAAAGGUUCAUAAUUGGUUGACUGAGCUCUCUAAAGCCAGUAUUGAUCCAAUACUGACGGUAGUUCUUAUUCCGUCUCUCUCCCUCACUUCAACAACAUUUGCUGUAGCUUAUACGAGCCACUCUGUCCCUUACAAUUGGAGGCUUGAUAUAACGCUAAGUGAUGGUGUCAUCACCUGGACUCAGAAACCAGACGGACAGCUAAUGUCGGUACCAGUUGAUAAGGAAAGACUAUUAGGAGCUCUGAAACGCCAAGCUGUCCUGUACAUUUUAAAGGCGAUAGACCAAAUAGCAUUUGGCAAGAAAUGGUGCAAGCUACUAGAGUCCACUCUACCUAAUCCAUCACUGAUACUCAUGAAGCAAAAACUACUAACAUCCCUUGCCUCUAGCAUACUGAUUGAAUCACCAAAAGGAACAAGGUUGGAGCUACUAAUAGAGUAUGGUCAAGUUAUAGCUAGUAUUAGCACUGCUACUCAUUCUCUUACUGAGGAAGAUAUUGAUACAGAGCAUAGACCCAGUCAACAGUCGAAUAUCAUUACACUCUCAGCUGCUAGUAACAGCGGAGCUGGUUUAUUGAGUGGUGUUAUUAAACUGAUGGAGUCACUGAACUGAGCAACGAUCAUGUAUUGAUUAGUUUCUCAUUUUGUGUUUUUAAAAAACUUUGCUGUAGAAUGACAGCUUUGUAAUGCUUGAAAAUUUAGUUUCAUGACAAAGUUGACUGAUUUCAUUAGUA